UGUCUUAAUUGCAUUUUAUUCACGUCCAGAUGGUGUCUGCGCGUUCUUUAUGAACGCAAACUGACAUAAACGACAGUUUUGCAUUAGAUGAAGGAUUUGCCUCCCAAAGUUUUGCCGAUGUUUCGCAUAGACGUCCUACCCGGAGAUUUAAUUCGAAUUGAAGCGGAAGGCUAUACGUCUGAGAUAUUUAAACCCUAUAUACAAAAUGGCAAAAUCCAUGUGUUUAAUUUAGUACCAUGCAAGGAAAAUCCGGCGCCUAAAGUCGCGGUUCGCGGUCGGAAGAUUUUGAACGAAAUAUCAAACUACAAUGGGAAAAAGAUUCAAGUUAUCGAGGAUAUAAGACUGAACAUUUCUGCUACUUCUAGUGAUGGCGGGAAUAAAGAGAAUUGUGGUAUUACACCGGUUAAAAGAGUGGCUUGGAAAGAAACUUUCGGCGAGGCGAAAAGUAAAGUGCAAAUUCAAGCAGCUGGAUCUACACCAUUACUCGGACCUAACGUGAAAGUGAUAAGGCUCCAUCGUAAACCCACAUCAAAUACCCCAAAGAAAGCAGGGAAACUUGCUUCCUCCUCAAGUCCCGCGAAUAAUACUCGGAAAGCUGUGUCUUCUCCAGUAGUAUAUUCGCGACAUGCAAAACGUAGUGCUCCUCCAGGAACAAUAACCAAGUGGCGAAAGUGUAUAACGCCCCAAAAGACAUAUUCCAGAUUUGCGCAAAGUGCGAAACGGGUGGGUAUUUCACCCGGGGUUAUAAGGCGCCACAGUAUGCUUCUGCAUCGAAGUAAAUGCAGUCGUUUUUCGAAAACUCCAGGUUUCUAUGGCGAUGCUCUUGUUCAAUUGAAACGGGUACCAGCCAUCAUUGAUCAGAAGACUAAGCUUAGUCCCCGCCGAUUCAAGCAACAACUUUGUGAUUGGUCUGAUCUAACGAGGACUGAUGCCGACGAGGUUGUACCGAAGACCAAGGCUGGAUACAAGAGUAGUCGAAAUCCAUUCCACUUGUUGACACACACCACAAGGAUACAUUGUUAUAGCGAACGACUUCAGCAAAUGUUCAGGAAAUGUUGUAUCCAGAAAUACGCGGCUACGGACAGAGGUUUUUCGAGAUUUGUUGAACCGUUAGAACCAUUGCAGAACGAGAUAAGACCCAAUAUACGACGCCAACUUUUGCCCGAUAUUUUGUCCACGGACGAUUCUGAUAGUUAGUAUUUAAAAGUUCUGUGUUACCCUAGAUUUUUAAGUUUAUUUAAUUGAUCUCUUUUGUAUUUUCUAAUAAACUUUUUUUCUAUAA